GGAAAGGAGGCAGACUUGAAACUGGGUGGCAGUAGAAUUAACAAGUACAGAACGCUAUUAAGAAGGUCGAGAACGGAUUUUACGUUAAAUAUUGACUGACACUCCCAGAGUCUCUAAAUACUAAAUACCACCCAGUCCGCCACACCAACCCUAAUGCAAAAACCCUAGAGACAAGGUUGUAAUUAUCUAACAAAAAGACAAAGUUGUGGCUGUCCCUUGAGUCAGAAAGAACCGGUCGCCCAGGACUAACCUCAGUUAAAUCAAACGUGGUGUUGAGAGCGAGGAAAAAAAGCUGGAUAGAGGAUUUUACGCUUUUUCGCACAGACUACUGAAUCUUUUAGAGACUGAAUAAGGGACUACUUACGUAACCUUUCCUAAACUUUAAAUAACGAAUAGUAGAAAAACAAUUCACCCAGACAUUUUUUCCCCACAGGAUUUCCAACCGAAACCUAACAUAUGGCCGAGAGUAUUCUUGUUCCCUCUGUGCUGCUAUCUUUGAUGAUUGCUGGUAAGACCAUUUUACAACUACUUCUCCUUGAAGCAUUGUUUUAAUGAAAACUUGUGUUGAUCUUAAUUGCGGGUAAAUACAUUGGAAAUGCAUCCGUUUAGUCACUUUUCGUUUUACCCGCGAUAACGGCAAGGAAAUUAAGGACAAGGAAAUAACGGCAAGGAAAUUAUUGACUUGAAAUGGCUUUGCAGGCUACUUACCCAGUGGUAUGAGGCAUGAGUAAAGGCUAGUUAGCGCUCUUGUUCUAACACUCAUUUCUUUAUUAUAGGCGUUAGCCCCUUCUGUCAAGACAAUGAUAUCACCGUCAAAGAUGAGGCUCUCGAUGGAUACAAGUGCAAGAAAUGUCUAACAUGCCCAGCGGGGGAGGGGCUGUCAGUCAACUGCGGGGACGUCAUUACCUCUCAAACACCUAUUAAAUGCCAGUCUUGUGUUCUCGGUGAAACGUAUUCGGGUGGAAAUCAAGCUGGCGCAUGCAAGAUUUGCGACCCUUGUGAUGAGUACCAGGAAACUAUCAAAGCUUGUACUCUGACAUCAAAUGCAAUUUGUGGCAACUGCAAGCAUGGGGCCUACUUUGACAACAUAGUGGGAAGGUGCAAGCCAUGUUCUCCAUGCUGUAACGAUAGCAAAGAUAUAUUAGAGACCGCAUGUCAAGUCCCUGGGGUCGCGGCAAACAUGCGGUGUAACUUUGUGCGAUCUGAGAAGUGCGCAAAGGUAGCCGUGAGGAACGUAAGCACCAGCCCCUCGCCAACACAGCGCCCGACUCCAUCAACCACCGUCAUAUCAAGGCCAACGACAAUGCCCACAAUAAAGAAGUUAGAUAAACCGUCAGUUCUUAGUGCCUCAUCUGCCCCAUCCUCCCACUUUAUUGGUAUCGUUGCAGGUGUUCCUACCGGUGUCGUGGCAUUAGCUGUUAUCCUUUUUUUAUUUUGCUACUGUAAAAAAAGGAGAAACCGUCAGACCAAAACUGGCUUGCACACCGUGGAGAAUGAACGUCAUGAAGUUGGGCUUGAGCAACAUCUUCUGAUUGUGGCUACACCAGAACAAGAGUCUCCUUACCAGUCCCCGAUGUUACCUGUUGAGGAGACUUGCAAAAAUCCACUACCUAUACAAGAUUCCCAGCCACCAGCCUGUUCUGAUUCAAAAGGUAACCUGGAUCUUGUUAUAUAAUCAGAGACUUAAGUCAUUCCAUGGGCCAAAACUGAACGAAGUACUGACUCCGCAGUCUUUAUCUUAUAAUAAAUAGAAUAGAAUACGUGCAGCCUCUAUGUAUUCUGGAAAGAACAAAUGACCUCGUGUAUGACUGGAGAGAUUAGAAACGAAAACGAGAUGUUUCGUUUAGGGGGAAACGCCCUUGUGUGCACGCGUGCCUAACCCGUCCCCUGUCGUCUCUAUUUGAAUCGUACGCGAAGGACAGAGCGAGACUAUAACACGAAAAGUGGACCGAAGAAAGCUCUGGUGAGCGAACACAUGGUAAAACAGGGUGGUCACUUACUAGCGCUUCAUAAACAAAAAAACAAACGAAAUUAAUAUUGAAUGAGUAUCUUUAUAUCUGAUAUAGACAUGGCUAAACUUUACGUCUAAUUUUUUAUACCAAAACAGUAACCCCCAGGCCCUGUGACAGGUCCUUGCCACCAGGCUAAGUGGUCGUUAUAAAAAUGACCUUAAACUUUUACAAAUACAAUGCGCGACCGUCAGCCCCGAGGGGAUGUUUCUCUGAAGAGAUACGUUACAAAAAAAGUUUUUUUUUUGGCCACACCACGUUCCUCAUUCUUUUCGAAAAGUGCGGUGGGUUCCUUUACGUCCCACAUGAACUGAUCAGUGAAAGUGCUUCUAGUUUCGAGAAACUAGAAGAAUAAGAGACUUUUUAAGUUUUUUAAUUGAGCAACUCUUUCUGUCAUUUCUUUGUUUAGAUUUCAAAACUUCCCAGUCAUAUAUAGACCCUCCGAGUAUGCUCUCCAUUGAAGACUACAAAGAGACCGCGGCAACCUCCAGGAAGACUGGUGACGAGCAGGACAGAGUAUGACGUUUAUAUCUGUGGACGUUUCUUACAAUCGUCGCAGUCAAAUAUUUUGUUACGGAAGUCUUAAGUUGGUUUUAAUUUAUCUUUGAAAAUAUUUCUGGAAUGAUAGUUAUAUGUUAAGA